CCGCCCAAGAUGGCGGCGCGCUGGGAGCGUAACAUCUGCGUUUCUAGGAGCUUCGCGCUGCGUGUGGCUUAAGAUUCUGGGGUUGCAGAGGCCCACUCCAGACUGGUCGUCUGGCAGAAACUUUGACCUCACAGCCCUGGCAACUUCUGUUCCACUCUCUGUCUGCAUGAAUUUGCCUAUUUUUGGUACCUCACGAUGGCUCUGAGUAAAUCAAUGCAUGUAAGAAAUAGAUACAAGGACAAACCUCCUGACUUUGCAUAUCUGGCAUCUAAAUAUCCAGAUUUUAAGCAGCAUGUUCAGAUAAAUCUGAGUGGAAGAGUAAGUCUUAAUUUUAAAGAUCCUGAAGCAGUCAGAGCUCUGACCUGUACUCUCCUAAGGGAAGAUUUUGGACUGUCUAUUGAUAUUCCAUUGGAGCGACUAAUUCCCACAGUUCCCUUGAGACUCAACUAUAUUCAUUGGGUGGAAGAUCUGAUCGGUCAUCAGGAUUCUGACAAAAGUACUCUCCGAAGAGGAAUUGACAUAGGUACCGGGGCAUCCUGCAUCUAUCCUUUACUUGGAACAACCUUAAAUGGCUGGUAUUUCCUUGCAACAGAAGUAGAUGAUAUGUGUUUCAACUAUGCAAAGAAAAAUGUGGAACAGAAUAACUUAUCUGAUCUUAUAAAAGUGGUAAAAGUACCACAGAAGACACUCCUGAUGGACGCUCUUAAAGAGGAAUCUGAGAUAAUCUAUGACUUUUGCAUGUGCAACCCUCCCUUUUUUGCCAAUCAGUUGGAAGCCAAGGGAGUAAACUCUCGAAAUCCUCGAAGACCUCCACCUAGUUCUGUAAACACAGGCGGUAUCACAGAGAUCAUGGCAGAAGGAGGUGAAUUAGAGUUUGUUAAGAGGAUCAUCCAUGACAGUUUACAACUUAAAAAAAGAUUAAGGUGGUAUAGCUGUAUGCUGGGAAAGAAAUGCAGCCUGGCUCCUCUGAAGGAAGAACUUCGCAUCCAAGGAGUUCCUAAAGUCACCUAUACUGAAUUCUGUCAAGGUCGAACAAUGAGAUGGGCUUUAGCUUGGAGUUUUUAUGAUGAUGUAACAGUACCAUCACCACCAAGUAAGCGAAGAAAAUUAGAGAAGCCGAGAAAACCCAUUACAUUUGUAGUGUUGGAGUCUGUGAUGAAAGAAUUAUCCCUCAAAGCAUCAUCUUUGGGCUCUGAGACGGUGGAAGGCAUAGUAGUUGUGACGACAUGGAUUGAAAAAAUUCUCACUGAUUUGAAGGUCCAGCAUAAACGAGUUCCCUGUGGAAAGGAAGAAGUUAGCCUUUUCCUAACAGCCGUAGAAAACUCCUGGAUUCAUUUAAGGAGAAAGAAAAGAGAACGAGUGAGACAAUUGAGAGAGGUUCCCCGAGCUCCUGAGGACGUCAUCCAAGCCUUGGAAGAGAAAAAGUCCACCCCCAGAGAGUCUGGCAGCAGCCAAGAUUUGGCUCAGGGCCCCUUGGAGAGCACCCCGUGUGGGUCCACUCUGCAGGAAGGCGAGACUGCCAGUGCUGAGGGCCAUGGCCCAAAGCAAGAUUCACCUUCCCAGGAAGAAAACCCAGAACCCAUGGAGGAUGAAAGGAAUGAGGAAAAGGGAGAGAGAGAGGUUUUGGAAAGUUGUAAAAGCUCUAGCAAUGGAGCCCAAGACGAAGAGGCUUCUGAGCAGUCCAGCAACCCAGUGUCUGACAGGGGGAAUCAUCUCCAGGAAGUAGCUGGACAUUACCUGUUCAAGUGUUUGAUAAACGUGAAGAAGGAGGUAGACGAUGCCCUGGUCGAAAUGCAUUGGGUUGAGGGCCAGAACAGGGAUUUGAUGAACCAGCUUUGUACCUAUAUACGUAACCAGAUCUUCAGGCUUGUUGCUAGUUAACUCCAAACUUUUUGCAUAGUUGGGAAAGUCGUGUAAAGCAGCUUGCUUUGGAGUGGCCUGUGGGAUGGCAAGAGGAAUUCCACCAUUGGCCCAUUAUGUGGAGUUGUCCUAAAAAACAAAUAAAUUAGUCCAUUUUUAAACACACACACACACACACUCCCCCCACCCCCCAAUUCCCUGUUUUUUUUUUUAAACAGGGCAUUGUAGUAUGGUAGUUCAGGAGGAAGAAUUGUGGUUAUCAGCAUCAACAAAAAGCCAUCAGUAAACUCAUAAGGGAUUUAAACCUGACUUGAGCUGAUCACCUUACCUUUAGACUGGUUCUCUGAGGCCAAAAGGAUUAUUUUUGAAGUCUGAGUCAGAACUGAACAGAGUGUCAUGCUCUCUCUCACCCAUAGUUGCUUCUCGAGCAGGGGUGACUUUCUCCUCUCCCAUGUUGAGGCAGUACACCAGGGCAGAUACACCCUCUGCUUUCUUCUAGAGUCAACUUCAAGACUGAAGACUUUGUCUGGGUACAUAUGACUGAUUACCCUGUGUCAAUCCUGAGAAAAGAACUGGCCUGAUGCUAGGUGGUGGGGGAGUCAGGGAAGGAAAGCUUAGUAAUGCCAGGAAGAAGGGCCAAUCUGAGGACACCUGGGAAUGUCACAUUCCUAACUCAUGCCUGUUUUGAUGUUGCUUAUUUCAGAAACAGAAUUAGGUAAGCACAACUCCCAGAUGAGGCACAGCAGAAUGAAGCCAUACCCUUACCUCUAACCUGUUAAAAGUACUGUUUUGUAACGGCUUCACCAUUGUAUCAUUUUUGUUUGUUUUGACAUUUAAAGUGGAGCUUUGUUUUGUGUUUAAUAUAAGAGUAUUCAGAAUUGAAAA